AUGAGUAAUUUGACACCGCGUUCUAUGAAAUCAGUAGAAGAUACAAUCGAUAGAACUCCAGAGUAUAUAAGCUUCAUAAAAAGUCUUGAAGAGUUCCAUAAAAAUCAUGGAACCACUUUCCAAAAAGAACCUGUUUUGGGAUCAAAGAAAUUAGAUUUGUAUAAAAUUUAUCAAAUGGUGAUUGCUGAAGGGGGGUGUGAAAGAAUAUGCGCGGAGAAAUCAUGGAAAAAAAUAUGCGAACGUUUUAAUUUUCCACAAACUUGCACAAACAGUGCUUUUGUGAUGAAAAAUAUUUAUAUAAGAUUCUUGGAACCAUACGAGUUGGAACACUUUUGGGGUAAAAAAGUUCCUUAUGUAACUCCUGUUUCAACAAAUCGAGUUUUAAAGAUUUUACCACAUGAAACUCCAAGAAAUGAUUCACAAAGAAGAAUAGUUUAUAGCCUGCCAAUAGAUUUUAGUAUGGGAAUAAAAGAUGAUUCAGAUGAAGAAAAAGGUCAUUUAAAUAGAAUACUUCUUGCUUUGAAAUCACAAUUAGCUAAUGAGAUAGAUUGGGCAUUAGAUACUUUACUAAAAAUAUCCAUGGAUCAAAUGAUCAACUUCAGAUUAGACAGAAUCCCAGAACUUUUAGAUAUAUUUGUUAUUCAUUUAAACAAUUUUUACGUGCAAGUAACAAGUUUAUAUGAGGUGAAUCAAUAUUCAACAGAAUCAACCGUUAAUGACUAUUUUAACGACUUAAAUAAUUACCUGCACUUACAAAAAGCAUCUCAAAUAUUUUUAAUUUUAAGAAAUUUCUCUUCUUAUAAUUAUAAUGCUGAAUUAAUGUCUGCCAACAAAAUGAUACAAAAUUUUGUGAUGGAGGCACUCACACUACCAGCAUUUUUAAAAUUUCCCCAAAUUAGAAUUUACUGUAUAGAGAUUAUUAAAAGCAUGAGUCAUAUUAUUAAAUUAAAUAGCAGUGAAGAUGAAAUUUUGGUGGUUUUACGAAGACUUAUUUUUUCAGAUGAUAUUGCACUGGUUAUACACAGUAUCACAACAAUGUCACGUCUAGCUGGAAAUGAACAAAAUUCAGAAUUUAUUAAAGAUGUUGAUUCUUGCGUUGUAAAACGUUUAGUAAAUCUGCUUUUGAUAGACGAUGAUGAAGAGUUGAGCAAGGCCAUUUUAGAAUUGUUGUAUUAUUUUUCUACAUCUGAAGAAACAGCAUCUCGCAUGGUAGAAUAUGCCCCAGGAAAUCUUGUACGUCUUUUAAUUAGUUAUUUAAGACAUGGUUCAAGUGUGGAAUCUCAAAUUCAUGAAAGAAUACCCCCAAUUGAAAAGAGACCACCCCAAUUACAUGGUGAUUUUGAAAGAUUUAUGGAACCAUAUAGAUCUUUAGAAUGGAUUAUGGCUGCAUAUGAAGAAUCGCCAUUUGAUGGAGUUUUACAAACAGAUAUAUGGUUUGCUUAUCGUGAUCAAUUCCAAAAUUCUCAAUGUCCUAUGAUGCCAGCAGCAGAAGUUAUUAAACUUGUUAAUCGUGCAUUUCCGGAUUCUUCUGCAAUUAUGGUUACAGCAUCAGAUGGAUCAUACAAAUAUAUGAUUCAAGGUAUUAGGCCAAUACCACCAAAAGAUGAAAGUCAACAAAACGAUCUGUUGUACGAUUGUAAAUGGGUUGAUUGUAAAGAAGCAUCAUCUUUUGAAAAUGAAAGUAAAUUGAUGGAACAUAUAGUCAUGGAACACUUAGUUAAAGAACAUUUAUCAGAAAAGAAACAGUAUUCAUGUAAUUGGUUGAGUUGUAAUAGAUUUCCAUCUGGUGCAGAAAAUAUCACAACUGUCAUAGCUCACUUGAAAACUCAUUUUCCUCAACCAGAAACUGAAAAUAGCAGAAAGCGCAAGAGAAGCCCGGAGAUUGUAAAUAAAUAUGGUAGAAAUAAUGGAAUUUACACUUAUAAAACUUAUAUUAAAUCGGACAAUAUUGGAGAUGCUAUCGGAAUUCCAUUAUUAACCUCGUUAGUUUUAAGGAAUUUAUCUUUAUCAUCAGCAAAUCUUCAACAUUUUGUUGCGUAUGAAAAAGAAUUAGCAGAAAUGCUUACAAGUUGUGUUGCGUUAUCAAAGAACUUGGCUGAAACUUUGAGUAACAUGCAAGCAAUUUAA